UAAGGAUGAGGGGGAGGAGAGGUGAGAAUGGUGACGAUAGAUACAGAUAAGGAUGAGGGGGGAGGAGAGGUGAGAAUGGUGACGAAAGAUACAGAUAAGGAUGAGGAGGAGAGGUGAGAAUGGUGACGAUAGAUACAGAUAAGGAUGAGGGGAGGAGAGGUGAGAAUGGUGACGAUAGGUACAGAUAAGGAUGAGAGGUCAGCGGGUCUGACCGGGGCGCUGAGGAGAACACUGCGAGUACCCCCCCCCCCUUAGGUCUCCCCCCUUUUGUCUUGUCCCUUCAUGCGAGACGAGGCCAUUGGGAGCGGUUCUUGAGUUUCCUUCCGGAUGAUAGCGAAAUCCUGAGUAACUUCAUCAAUGGCAGGACAGGACACCGGGGGCCACACAGAUGUCUUCUCCAGUCCAGGAUCUGAUGUUCUUCUCCCCCUGAGAUAUAAUCUGACUAUAGAUAAGGAUAAUAAGAAGUGCGAUCAGUUUAUCUGGAGAUAUAAUUCAUUCCAGAUCUCCAGACAACGUACAGACUGUUAUCUGAAUGUAUACAACUAUACAGGGUUCUCUAACUAUAAGAUAUGGGAGGGCGGAAACCUGACCCUGAGGAACAUCACCAGAAACAACAGCGGGAAUUAUACUGUGAUUGUACGUAAAGGAGGAGACGAAGUAUUCACACACAAUUAUAAUCUUCAUGUACAGGAUCCGGUCUCGGUCCCUCUCCUUUAUGUUUCGUGUCUUCCGGACGGUGGAUCUAACAUCUCCUGCAGGAUAAUCACUGGGUCAGAUCCCUCGGUUUCCAUUACAGUAAAUGGAGAUUUAUUGGUGAACUCACCCUCAUCCAGGACUACGGGAGAUGUCAAUGAGGUUUCUGUCCUUGUGGAUUCUCCAGGACCUUGGGAUAUAACAUGUUCUGUGAGAAAUCGGGUCAGUGACAAUGAGACCAGGAAAACAGGAGAGAAUUGUCCAGUUCCACCAUCAGUCCCGGUCCUGGUGGGCUGGUGUCUCCAUGAUGGCCGCCAGGAGGUCUCCUGCUCUGUGGAGUAUGGAUCAGAUCUCAUCUUCUCUCUGUCUGGGAACAGGACAUUGUUGGAGAAUGUCAGAAAGUAUCAUAAAAGGGUUAAUGUCACAUUGCCCUCAUCUGGAUCCUGGGACGUUCAUUGUUCUGUGAGAAAUAAUUUGGGGAUGAAGAAUAAAACCGAGACAUUCCAGGCGUGUCCAGUUCCACCAUCUCACCCCGUCCUAAAGGUCUCAUGUCUACAAGAUGGCGGCUCUGAACUCUCCUGCUCUGUGGAGAAGGGAACGGGUCUUGUCUUUUCUCUCACUGUAAAUGGAGAAUCAUUGAAAAAUGUAACAAAGCAAGAGAAAAGUAUUAAUGUCAUAUUGUCCUCAUCUGGACCUUGGGACAUUCAUUGUUCUGUGACAAACAAUCUUGGGAAGGAGAAUAAAACUGAGACAUUAGAGUGUUCAGUUCCUGUCUCUGUCCCCAUCCUUAAUGUCUCCUGUCACCAUGAUGGGUCAGUCAGAGGAUUCUGCUCGGUGGAGGUUGGGACUGAUGUCUCCUAUACCUGGACUGUGAACGGGGAAAUCAUUACCUGGAACACUGAUCCAAAUCUCACCAUAAACUCCUCCGAAUUCACAUCUGGUGCCAUAAACUUCAGCUGUUCUGUAGAGAACUCUAUCAGCAGGGGGCAGAGUAAUGUCACCAACAUAGACUGUGGAGACCCAUGUUCACCAUGUUUGAGGAAUUCUAUAAUCGGAGGAUCCGUGGCGCUGAUAGUGACCAUCAUUGCGCUCUGCAUCGCGUCAUAUUACAUGGAUCACAACAGGAGAGAGGACUGAGCAUGGGGACGUGCUCUCCUGGAUCAUCCAUGUCCUCAUGUGGCCUCCUGGAUCGUCCAUGUCCAGUUGCUCCGCUAUCUGCAGUUUUUUUUACUUUUGUGCAGAAUGUGAUGGCCUCCUCCCCGCUCUCCACAAUGGUGCCCAUGAUAGCAUCAGAAGAGCCUGAGGAGAUCCCCGGAGCCGGACUCCUGCUCAUAGCUUGGCCGCUUAUCAUCUUUGUGAAUAACUUUAUGGAUGAGAAAAAGCAUAGAGGUCUGGUCAGAAGACAUGUGAAUGAGGUGACAACUGGAGACCACGCCCCAUGACCUCCCACAGUUUGGACCGCACCCCAUGAUCUUCCACAGUAUGGACUGUGCUCCAUGAUCUUCAACAGUGUGGACUGUGCCCCAUGACCUCCUCUAGUGUAGAAAGUGUCCCAUGACCUCCCACAUUGUGGACCGCUCCCCAUGACCUCCCACAGUGUGGAACGUGCUCCAUGACCUCCCACAGUGUGGACCGCGCCCCAUGACCUCCCACGGUGUGGACCGCGCUCCAUGACCUCCCACAGUGUAGAAAGUGUCCCAUGACCUCCCACAGUGUGGACAGUGCCCCAUGACCUCCCACGGUGUGGACCGCGCUCCAUGACCUCCCACAGUGUGGAACGUGCUCCAUGACCUCCCACAGUGUGGACCGCACCCCAUGACCUCCCACAGUGUAGACCACACCCCAUGACCUCCCCCAGUGUGGACCGUGUCCCAUGACCUCCCACAGUGUAGAAAGAGCCCGUGACCUCCCACAGUGUGGAACGUGCUCCAUGACCUCCCACAGUGUAGACCACACCCCAUGACCUCCCACAGUGUGGACACCGCACUGUGACCUCUCACAGUGUGGACCACGUCUUGUAACCUCCCACAGUAUUGACCGUGCCUCGUGACCUCCCAUAGUGUAGACCACGCCCCCUGACCUCCAGCAGUGUGGACCACUCCCCCUGACCUCCCACAGUGUUGACCGCACCCCAUGACCUCCCACAGUGUGGACCGCACCCGGUGACCUCCCACAGUGUGGACCGCACCCGGUGACCUCCCACAGUGUGGACCGCGCCCCAUGACCUCCCACAGUGUGGACCCCGCACUGUGACCUAUCCCAGUGUGGACCACGCCUUGUGACUUCCCACAGUGUGGACCACUCCUUAUGACCUCCCACAGUGUGGACCAUGCCUCGUGACCUCCGGACCACUCCCCAUGACCUCCCACAGUGUGGACCAUGCCCCAUGACCUCCCAUGGUGUGGACCGUACCCCAUGACCUCCCACAGUGUGGACCGCACCCCAUGACCUCCCACAGUGUGGACCAUGCUCCAUGACCUCCCACAGUGUACAAAGCGCCCCAUGACCUCGCACAGUAUGGACCCCACUCCAUGAUCUUCCACAGUGUGGACCCCGCCCCAUAACCUCCCACAAUGUGGACCCCACCCCACGACCUCUCACAGUGUGGACCACGCCUUGUGACCUUCCACAGUGUGGACCAUGCCCCCUGACCUCCCACAGUGUGGACGGCUACCCAUGACCUCCCACAGUGUUGACCGCUCCUUGUGACCUCCCACAGUGUGGACCGCACCCCAUGACCUCCCACAGUGUGGUCCGAACCCCAUGACCUCCCACAGUGUGGACUGCACCCAUGACCUCCCACAGUGUGGACCGCACCCCAUGACGUCCCACAGUGUGGACCAUGCCCUAUGACCUCCCACAGUGUGGACCAUGCCCUAUGACCUCCCACAGUGUGGACCGCACCCCAUGACCUCCCACAGUGUGGACCGCACCCCAUGACCUCCCACAGUGUGGACCGCACCCCAUGACCUCCCACAGUGUGGACCGCACCCCAUGACCUCCCACAGUGUGGACCACGCCCCAUGACCUCCCACAGUGUGGACCACGCCCCAUGACCUCCCACAGUGUGGACCGUGCCCAUGACCUCCCACAUUGUGGACCAUGCCCUAUGACCUCCCACUGUGUGGACCGUACCAGACAUCUAGUGCUAUCUCACCCAGGGUUAUUCUGCUCAUUUAAACUCAUUAUACAUUUUAAGUUUCCAUAAAAUCUAUAACAUCC